AUGAACACUUGUUUGGUUGCGCAGGAGGGAUCUUUCACCUCGCGCCUCGUCAUAAUGGUGAGGGUUAGCGUCUUGAAUGAUGCUCUCAAGAGCAUGUACAACGCCGAGAAACGUGGGAAGCGCCAGGUCAUGAUUAGACCAUCCUCCAAGGUUAUCAUCAAAUUCCUCUUGGUGAUGCAGAAGCAUGGAUACAUUGGUGAGUUUGAGUAUGUUGAUGACCAUAGGGCUGGGAAAAUCGUCGUCGAAUUGAAUGGGAGGCUGAAUAAAUGUGGGGUUAUAAGCCCCCGCUUUGAUGUUGGUGUCAAAGAGAUUGAAGGUUGGACUGCAAGACUGCUCCCCUCCAGACAGUUUGGGUUUAUUGUCUUGACAACAUCGGCGGGUAUCAUGGAUCAUGAAGAAGCCAGAAGAAAGAAUGUUGGUGGAAAGUAUAAACUUGUGUUAGAUUUUAAAGAUUACGCUUUCCCCCCGUAUUCAGACUCAAAAUCAGGUUUUAGUACCCGUGGUUUAGUAGAGUAA